AACGCCAUAUCUCCUCUUCUUUCUUCCUUUUCGUAACUCUUCAACCUUUCACGUUUAUCCAUUGUGCCGACAGCCACGCACUCAUUUAUCCACUAGCUGUCAAUACACAGAGAGAGAGAGAGAGAAGGAAGAAUGGAGUCGGAUCUCUCAGUCUCUGAAAUUUCUGGAGACGACGAUUCUCAGCUCCCACGCAACCCCGAGCUGGAUGCCACACCCAAAGAUCUCUGCUCCAAAUCUACUUUCACUUCUCCUAUUAAGGCCUUGAAGGUUAGUACAGACCCAGAAACUCCAAGUUGUUCUUUUUUUAAGGAUGGCAGCAACAAAGAGAAUUUAAGUACAAGCAAAUCAGAAGUACAAAAGUUGAGUAUGGAGCCACUCAAAAUGAAGAGGAAAAAGACUGGUGGCUACAACUUGAGGAAAAGUUUAGCAUGGAAUAAAGCCUUUUUUACUGAAGAAGGUGUAUUGGAUCCAAUGGAACUAUCUAUGAUCAGUGGAGGGGGCUUGUCUCCCAUUGAAGAAAGGAAAACCCCACAAUCUACCAAGUCUCUAAGAAAUGUUGCACCGUCUUCAAUGAAGUCAAUUAAAAAGAAUGUAUGCAAAGAAAUUUCAGCUACAUCUUCAAAAGAAGAUAGGGAAAAGUCUUCACAUAAAGUGUUUGCAACUCCAAAUGGAAGAACUAGCUCUAUGGGUGGUGGCUGUCCUAGACCUUUGUUUUCAACAUCAUUAAAAAGGCCUGCAAAUAUAAAUGUCAGUAAAGCUGCAAUCAAGGAAUCUAAACUACCAAAGUUUCAAGUUUCAAAGCCAGGUUCAUGUUCAAUGACUACAAAUUCCAAGAGUACAAUGCCUGGACCAUGUCCUUUGCAGAAUAAAAAGAUUUCUGAUCCAGUCAGUGUCCAGAGAAAAUACUGGUUAAAGAGCUCCUUAAGAAAUGCAGAAAGUGGACAAAAAAAAGCAAAGGAUGGUUCUAUUCCACCAGACUUAUCUCUAGCCGCUCAUCUGAAAGGAGAUUCUGACAUAUCAACAUUGAACAUAAAUCUAUCAAACUCUUCAUCCUUGUUACCAAUCAGAAAAAAUGGUAAUACCAGUUUAAAGGUGAUACCAGAUCCUGUGGCUGCAUAUAGUAGCAUACCUUCAUCCCAGGGCCAGGAUGGAUCUGCACCACCUGCUGUUUCUCGUCUGCAGAACACCUUUACAUCUGUUCGGAGCUUGCAACAUGCACAAAUCCAGACAAUAAAGCCAUCAGGUUUGCGAAUGCCAUCACCAUCACUAGGAUUUUUUCGUCAGCCGAAAGCUUCUGAGACACACAGGCUAUCACAGAGAAAUGCAGAGUCUAGUGUACAAAAGCUGUACAAAUCUGGUGAUCUCAGGCCACCGCUUGUAGUGGGAGGUCAAAAAAUCAAUGACACCAUAGCAACAAUGGAUGGUAGGAAUAUAAGCACCAGGUUGGGUUGCUCUGGAGCAUCCGAUUCUCAAAAAGCAAUCAAAGCCUGCUUGGAUGAUGAUGAUGCACUAAAGAAUAGGCUGAAGGCUCGAUGUGAUUAUGGGAAUCCCAAGCUUUUAAGUGAUAAGAAUGAAAAGCAUAAUGUCAGUGAUGUUGAUGGAAAGGUAAAUGAUCAUGGGGAGGUCAGAAAUGAAAAAAUUGGGUCCCAACAAGAUACAGAAUCAUGGAUGAAUGGCAAGGAACUUCUAAAUACUGGAGAAUGUAGACAGACUUUGGAAAAAGAUGAUCCUAAGGUCAUUGGUUCUCAAGGAAGUAGAGGCUCUAGUAGGUCAGAUUUGGAAGAUUAUCAAUUAGUCUCCCAGCAAAACAGUUUGGCACAUGCAAUGGAUACCUUCAGAGCAGAAACUGCAGUCUCAUUUGAUGGUUCUUUUUCUGACAGCGAGUCUGAGGAUAUGGAUAUAUGUGGUGAUGAGGAGAUGAUUUCAAAUUGUCCCGUAAGUGGUAGUCAGGAUGUUGGUGGUUUACCUGAGGAACAAUCUGAUAAGAAGUCAUGUGCAUUUGAAGCUGAUCGGAUUCUUAUUGGGCAUAACUAUGCUACAGUAACAGAGCACUGCUUGAACAAGUUAAGUAGAGAAUUUCAGAAUUAUGGUUCUCAAGAUUCUGCAGAUCCAAAUCUCAUAGGUUUAACCUGUACUAAAGUAGAAACUAAGAACUCUGCUUUCCCAACUGAUAACUUACAUAUUCAGUCUUCAGAAGAAAAUGCUACCAGAAAUGAGGGAAGUGUUAAGUCAGAUUUAGGAGAUUCAGUACUUCACACCUCAAAAGAGAUCCUGUCUGCUCAUAGUUUCAAGAAUACCAUUCACGAGUGUUUAAGGGCUGUGAAAGCCGAGGAAGAAAAGGUUUCUAAGACUGUUUCAUCUAUUGAGCUAAAUGGAAAAGAUGCAACUGAUUAUAAUGAAUUUGAUGUUCAAAGAGCACGAAUUAUUGCUGAAAUUGAUACUGUUAUGAUUGCUGGACAAGUCUUCCAUGAUGAUGUACUUCUGCAUCCUGCCCAAGAUUCCCAUUCAGUUGAGAGUCCUGAUAUCUUUGACAAAGCAUCUCCGCAUCUAAAAUUUGCUUUAUCUAACGAAACAUUGAAGUUAGUGGUUCCCGGAACCCCUGAAUCAUUAAAUGGAAGCAUCAAACUAAAUAAUGACGUGUGUGUAGCGAAGAAUGAUUUUUCAGCAAAGGAAAUAGACAAGUGUUAUGACAAUCCUAACAAUGGUACUCAAAUUGUAAAGAUAAAUGACAGUGAGUUGCUUGAAGACUCCCAAAAAUGUGAACGAGUAAAUUUCUCUGAGAGUGUAGGACAGAAGAAUCAUUCUGAAUACAUAUCAAAAGGCUCAAGUGAAGGGUUACUCUUGGAAGUUGAACAUUCUCAGUCUCUUGAUGGAAAGACAUCUGCUGAACUCUGCAAUGUUCUUACUUCAUCAGCUUUGCCUAUUCAGCAUUAUAGUGCCAUCUCAGCUGAGAAAUUAGAACAGUCAGAUAAUCCCAUCUUGCCUGGACAAGGCACAGGCACUGUAUCUGAUGAAGAAUCCGAGAGAAACCAAGUCUUGGAUUGCAUUUCACAACUAAGUGAUGAUAGCAGAAGUGAAGCUGUAAGCUCAAGUGCUUUAAAUUUGGAGCCCACCAUGGGAGGAAUUGACACUAAAAUAGAUUCAUUUGAUUCCGAUUUACGUAUUGAGGAUAAACCAUCAGAUUAUGUAGGAAAUGUUUCUUUGCCUGAAGGUUGUGAACUUACAAACAGUGUGUUACUUUUAGAUACACUGCCUAAUGGAAAAUCUGCUUGUUUGGAUAUUGAUUCAGCACCACAGACAAGCAAAAAUUGUAUUUCAAGAGAAUCUGCUGCUUGCAUAGACCUGGUUGAAAGUGAACAGGAGUCAUCAAGGAGUAAUGAAGGACUUGAUCAGAAUAUUCUUGGAGAUGAAUCUGAAAUGAAAACCUCUGAAGCCAUCAAUAGUCAUGCUAGUGAGCUUUGCUUUGAGUUGGAUAAUGCCAAAUGUUUCACAAACAAUGAGAAUGCUACUCUGUCAAUCAAGAGACCUGAGGAUGGUAAGGCAAAAAGUAAACUUACGCUAAUACCCCCUCGGAAUGCAGUUCCAUUUUCUGAUGAAUGGUUGGCAGCUAUUGAAGCAGCUGGAGAGGAUAUUUUAGCCAUGAAAGGUGGUGCUGUACAAAAUUCACCCCCCGAUAAAUCUCUACCCGAGCCAAGUCCAUGGUCACCGGUGAGGAGGAAAAACAAUCAGGCUGGACCAUUCGAUUGUACAAAGUUCACACGCAAUCGGGGGGCUGAACCAUCUUGAUUUUUCCCAUCAAUUAAAUUAGACGGCUAGCUAGGUUUGACUCAUUCUUUUAAUUAACCUAACAAGACCACUGGGCAACUUUUUAACCACAAUGUACGAUAUUGUAGAAUGUUCCUUUGUUAAGUUCACAUUGCAUAAUGCACACCACGGGACUUAGGAAUAGAAUGCGAAGCCACGCAAAGUGUAAUUUUAUGAAAGAUUACAUAGAAAAAAAAGUCCUAGCAAUGUGCUCCAUUGUUAUGUUUACUAUAAAUUUCAAAACAUCUUAUGAAUAUUAUAACAAUUUAUUUUUAAUUCAUGACAA